UUUUACUCUCGUUAUUUUGCUAGUACAUCCUUGUGAAAUUUCUGCUAAAUCUCUGCGGUUUCGUGCGGUUUGCGCUUUGAUCAAGACUUCAACAACAGUUUCCAAGUCCAAAAAUAGAAAUUGAGAUGUCUUCAGAAGAGGCCAUGAGUGUAGUGGGGAGCGAAGUGAUGCCCCUGGAUUACGGUAGUAUGGAUUCGGAGAGCAGUCCAUCUCCAACUAGUUCGGAGAGGACGGUGGAGGAGAGGAGGGAUCAUAGGGUGGUAGAAGAGGAAGAAGAUGAGAUUCCCUCCAACAUUUUGGAGGCUGGGAAUAGGGUAGAUGGGUGUUAUGACCCGGAUUUAGAUAUAGUAUCUGAGGUGAGGGGAUAUGUGAGCGAGUUAGGUAGUAGGGAAAGUCUUAGGGGCCUCGUUGGGUGGAAAGAAAAAUUCUUCUUUGUGGAUGACACCGAGUGGAGUAGGAGGGAUGCCGAAGUGGAACAGUUGUUUGCUUGGAAAGUGAAGAAAACCAAGCAGAACAACUAUAAGUUGAAUGAGGAUAAGGUGGAGGAGGUGGAGAAGCUGGUGAGGGAAGAUGGAGACGUAGUGGAUAUCUUGUAUCUCACCAGUCCGAAGGCAAUAGAGGCUACUGAGCUCUAUGGGCCAAGCUCAUUGAGCGAAGCUGAGAUGGACGAGUUAGUUAAUGCGGCUAGGGGCCUGCACAUCCCAAAGAAGCCAAGGAAGAAGUCAAAGACUUCAACUGCGGCGGAGAAGGGGGUGGUAGAGAGGGGGCGACUGUCCAGCACUUCUGCCCGGGCUGUGGAGGUGCAGCCAAGGCCGGAGCCUGUGAUGGGGGGUAGCGAGGAUGUAAGUGAGGUGGCACCUCUCCAAAGGAAAAAGAGAAGGGUGGCAGAGCCAGAAGCCAGGGGGGACGAGGUGGUGGAGUUCGUGCCCCGGCCUUCUCCUCCAGAAAUCAAUCCUGAAGACAGGGAGAAGGAAGAGGUUGAGCACUUCCUCAACUCUACUCUUCCUGAGGUGGAUAGGAUGCAGGCGAAGGACGAGGUGGUUAGCCAUGUGGGGUAUACCAUUGUGAGGCACGUCCUAGAGAAGGAGAAGGGGGAAUGGGAGAAGGAGAAGAGGGAGAUCCAGAGGAGGCUGGAUGAAGUUCUCCCUUCAGUGACCGAGCUCCAAAACGAGAAUGAUGUCCUGAGCACGAAGCUUGUCCUCGAAGAACGUAAGAGGAAGAUCUGUGAGGAGAAGCUCGAGGCUCAGGACAAAUACAUUGACAACAUGAGGAAAGGAGCAACGGAGCUGAAGAAGAACGUGAACCUACUGGUUCACAACGAGAUGGAGGAGCACAUUGGCAACUUCCUCAACUCCAGCACCUUCGAGAAUAUCCUCAAACUUUACCGGCUGCCAACCGCAAUCGUGGCCUUCACCGACUGUAGAAAUAAGGUGAAGGCCCAGUACCCAGAGGUGGACGUGACAACAGUUACCUUUGAGGAACAAGAAGAAGGGGUGGAGGAAGAUGGGGAGAGCCUCUGUGCUGACUUCCCACCUCAGAUCACGUUGAGGUGGGAGCAUGAUGCAGAGGGGCUCACUAUUUUUCCUCCAGCCUUUGAGGCUGAGUUGGUGGCAGUGGGGGAGGAAGAAGAAGAAGAAGAAGCACAAGGCGUUGGGGUUGAGGAUCAGGCAGCUGUGGUCGAAGUGCAGCCUCCCGAGGAUUAUAACCCUAAAAAUGAAGUGACUGAAUGAGUCAGAAUGAACUGACUUCAGAAAU